UUCUCAUGCCCACUGGGAUGCAAUGAGACGCUGCAGUCACACGUGCCCCGCACGGGUCUGGGGCUCUCUGCCCUGCAGUUGUUCUGCCCCCCUGCAGUGGAAACUCCUCUAGAUCUUGCCUCAGGAUUUCCCAUUCCCAGUGCUGCUAUGAUCUCCUGCUUGGAGCAAGGGGAAAAACCGCGUGUCCUGGAUCCUCUGGACUCAGAGAUGACAGAGAUUCCAAGAGUCGCAGAUGAGGGGAUCCCAAGCAACAGCAAGGUGGAUGCUCCUGACUCUGCGAAAACAGAACUGCAUGAGAUGCUGCUGAGAGGAUCUAGCCAGGCCACUUCCUGGAGCCUGGAGAGCAAGUGCCAGGUACCACAGGCCUGUCAGGACCCUUCAGGCCAACCUGACCAUGGGGAAGGCGCAGGGGAGCUCCAUGAUGUGACUUCACCCGCAAAAGCCCUGGCUGGGGAGAAGCCCUACAAGUGUAUGGCCUGUGGGAAGGGCUUCAGCCAGAGCUCUGAUCUCAUCCGGCACCAGCGCACCCACACAGGCGAGCGCCCCUACCAGUGCCCAGCCUGUGGCAAGGGCUUCGGCGACAGCUCCACGCUACUUAAGCACCACCGCACUCACACAGGGGAGAAGCCCUACAAGUGCAUGCAGUGUGGUAAGGCCUUUAUCCUCAGCUCCUACCUGCUGCAGCACCAGCGAGUGCAUGGCCGCGACAGGCCCCACCAGUGUGGCAGCUGUGGGCGCCACUUCAGGCAGAGCACUGAGCUGGUUCAGCACAGGCGCGCCCACCUAGGUGAGAAGCCCUACAAGUGCCCAGCCUGUGGCAAGGGCUUCGGCCAGAGCUCUGACCUCAUCCGGCACCAGCGCACACACACAGGCGAGAAGCCCUACAAGUGCCCAGCUUGUGGCAAGGGCUUCGGCGACAGCUCCACGCUCAUCAAGCACCAGCGCACCCACACUGGUGAGCGGCCCUACAAGUGCCCGGCCUGUGGGAAGGGCUUUGGUGAGAGCUCCACACUCAUCAAGCACCAGCGCACACACACCGGCGAGCGCCCCUAUGUAUGUGCCCAGUGUGGCAAGGCCUUCAGCCUCAGCUCCACCCUCUUCAAGCACCAGCGCACCCACACGGGUGAGCGCCCCUACCCAUGUGCCCAGUGCGGUAAAGCUUUCAGCCUCAGCUCCAACCUGCUGCAGCACCAGCGCACACAUGCUGGUGAGCGCCCCUACCCGUGUUCCCAGUGUGGCAAGCGCUUCACUCAGAGCUCCAACCUGCUGCAGCACCAGCGCACCCACACUGGCGAGCGCCCCUACCAGUGCACCCAGUGUGGGCGCCACUUCAGCCUCAGCUCCAACCUGGUGCAGCACCAGCGCACUCACCUGGGUGAGCGCCCCUACCAGUGCUCACAGUGUGGCAAGCGCUUCGGGCUCAGCUCCAACCUGCUGCAGCACCAGCGCACUCACACCGGGGAGCGGCCCUACCCAUGUGCCCAGUGCGGCAAGCGCUUUGGUGACAGUUCCACCCUCAGCAAGCACCGCCGGACCCAUGCAGGGCAGCAUCCACACACCUGUGCCCCAACCGGCAAGCGGGGCCCGGGGGAUGGGACCAUGUGCCUGCAGCAACCCUGUGGGCACCGGGGUGAGGCCCCUCACCAGGGCACCCAGUGUGGCAAGGUCUUGGGCCAGAGCAUUGGUGUGAGCCCACACCAGCACACCCAUGCCAUGCAGGAGUCCUGCAAGGACUGGUCGCUCUGUGCUGUGGCAUCCUGCCCUUGACCUUGGCUGCCAGGCUCUUCUGCACCAUGGCAUCCUGCCCCAACUUAGGCCAGCAGGUCUUGGGGGACUAUAUGUCUGCUAAGGGGGACAAAAUGUCUGCCAGACAGGAACAAAAUGUCCAUCAGAGGGACAAGAUGUCCACAUGGGUCUCUGCAGCCCAGUAGCCGUAUCCCAGAAGCAUGGGAUGGAUGAAAGUGCCUCAAACAGACAGCCCCCGGCUGUACGAGGCUGCCCAGGUGCCAUCAAACCUCUGACCACCUGCUGGCCUCUUCUGUCCUCAGUGUUGUAGUCUCUGAAGCUCUGCAGGUGCAGAAAGGACCUCAGGCUUUGACCGUGUGAGGUUGGUAAAUGCCUGCGUGAGGAGGGCUCUUCUGCAGUUAGGCUUCUACAGAGCUGGCCCCAUGGAGGCACCUUCAGUAUCAGCCAUGUGCCAUUUGGGCUGGGAAUAGCUACUGCUUCACCCCUGAGUGCUGCCAUGGGGCACUGCCCCAGCUGUACAGCGUAGAAUGAGGAAACCUGCUCAGGUGGUGUGCACUAAAGUCUGACUUGCACGCAACUGUAGGAUUUGGCUCCCAGUAUGCCUCUGUGAGGAGGGGGAGAGGAACGAGCUGGGGAAGACCAUCUG